AUGGUGGUGGACAAUUUCCAGGAGAACUGGGCAAAGAGACUGCUUGCAGUGUCGCAAUCCAGCAGGGCCCGGUGGUUGUCGAAACAAGGCAUGGUACCGUUGCCACGGAUAACCACGCUGAAGACCCUCAGUGUCGGCACCGACUGCAGUGGGGCCGAAGGGCCCAUCUUUGCCUUGAAAGCGCUGGGCCUGCCAUUUUCACAGAAGUGGGCCGCAGAGACAGCGCCACACGCCCGGCGUUGGAUCACGACAGUCAGCGGCUUGGAGGAGGACAGAGUCUUGGGCGACAUGGUGGAUCGGAACCAUGGUUUGCUUCCCAGUGUCGAUCUUUAUUGUUGCGGCUUUCCAUGCAAGCCAUGGAGCAGAUUGAACCAUUACUCACAGUACUGGGAAGAUGCCAACGCCAGACCAUACGAGGCCCUGACCGCAAUGCUUGAGACCGUGGAAGCAAAGGAGCCAGCAUUGGCUAUUUUCGAGAAUGUCAUCGGAAUCAAGCGAUUCAUGGCCGAUCUGAAAUCUUCAAUGUCAGCUGUCCUGAGGAAGUACCACAUCCUGUGGCUGGAGAUUUGCCCCAGAAUGCUUGGGCAUGCACUGGCGCGGCCACGCCUGUACUUCCUGGCCAUCCACAGGGGCUGCGCAGUCGUUGACGACCCUCUCCGUCUUCGUGAUUUGGCUAUGAGCAUUGUCAACGGACUGAGGCAAGGCCUGGAGGCACCCUUGAUGGAUCGUUUGCUUGACGACGAUCACCCGUGGGUCCAGGCUCACAUCAAGCAGGGCUCCUCAUUGUCGAGAUGUUCUGUGGUGAAGAAGUGUCAGCCCACAAAGAAGGCAAAAAAGACAAUGCCAAAAUGGCGUCAGAAGCAUGCGGCGAUGCGGAAGGAGCUACAGUCCGAGUGUCAAGUUCCAGAAAUGCCACCUCUGGCGGGCGACUUCAGACUGCCUGACAGGGCCCAGGACUCGUUGGAGAUUGCGUGGAUACUUCAUGGCGGUCGGGCUGAUAUGUGUGUCGACGCUAGCCAGAGCUGCGACCGAAUGCCAGUGUCAUUUGAUGGGUUGUGCCCAACAAUGACGCCCCGUGGCAGGUACAUUGUCAUGGCCCGGAGGCGAGAAAUCUGCCCCGAGGAAAGAUUGCUGUUGCACGGGUUUCCCCUCAGUGCCAUCAAGUUGUCCAAAGAGAAGUUGCAGUUGAAACCGCACCAGCUCAACUCCCUCGCGGGAAACUGCAUGCAUGUGGAAUCGGUCGGGACAGUCAUCGUCCUGGGGCUCAGCCUUCUGCGAGGUUUACGUCGCCCUCCUCAGUUUCAGGCGAAGUCAGAGUCAGCAUUCCUGGAAGUCCAGUGGGGGACGACACCAGUGUCAAGCGAGCAAGAUCAGCUCAGCACGACAAGGAGGCAGCAGGGUCAACACAAGCAAGCAAGGAAUGCAAAGGUGAACAUGCGCAAAGACAAGGUCAUGAAGGUCCGGACUAAGAAGGCCAAAGUCGUGAAGACCCCGCGGAAGAAGUCCGGUUUCGCAGUGUAUGAGAGCAACAUUUCCAAGCUUUGCAAGCACUACGGCUAG